GUUCAUACACUUUUCAGUUGUAGUAGGUAGAAGAUAUUACAUACAUUAGGAUCUUUCUUUAGAGGGUGAAGAGAAUGCUGUGCCUUAGACAUCACUGAUUAUUUGUCAUCCUUGUAGGGGCUGUUGUGCCUUAGAUAAUUUUAAAAAGGUGGGCUGGGUGCCUCACCGUUUUCUGGAGAAAGUGCAUUCAGUGUUGUGAUUUUGGUGGUGAGGUUGAUAAGCUAAAAGAUUAACGGCGGGGGACAAAGACCACGUGGGGAGAGGAGAGAGAGAAUAUUAGAGAAAAGCCCCUAAACCAAGGGAAGGCCUCCUACUAUUACUUUAGUCCCCUCUGGAAAUCCCAGGAAACUUCGGAAGACUGGCCUCACCACCACUGUCGGCUUGGUGACCUGCCAGGAUCAUGGAUUUUCCUGGCCACUUUGAACAGAUCUUCCAGCAGCUGAACUACCAGAGACUUCACGGCCAGCUCUGUGAUUGUGUCAUUGUAGUGGGGAACAGACAUUUCAAAGCCCACCGCUCGGUACUGGCAGCAUGCAGUACACAUUUCCGAGCCCUGUUCUCUGUGGCAGAGGGAGAUCAGACCAUGAACAUGAUCCAGCUGGAUAGCGAGGUAGUGACAGCGGAGGCCUUUGCCGCACUGAUUGACAUGAUGUAUACCUCCACCCUCAUGCUGGGGGAGAGCAAUGUUAUGGAUGUCUUAUUGGCAGCCUCUCACCUGCACUUGAACUCUGUUGUUAAGGCAUGUAAACAUUACCUAACGACAAGGACGCUGCCCAUGUCUCCCCCCAGUGAGCGCGUCCAGGAGCAGAGUGCCCGCAUGCAGCGCUCCUUUAUGCUGCAGCAGCUGGGACUGAGCAUCGUGAGCUCAGCCCUCAAUCCCAGCCAGAGUGGCGAGGAGCAGCCGGCCCCCAUGAGCUCCUCGAUGCGCAGUAACCUGGACCAGCGGACACCCUUCCCCAUGAGACGCCUGCAUAAGCGCAAGCAGUCUGCAGAGGAGCGGGCCAGACAGCGGCUCCGACCCGCCCUAGAUGAGUCUGCCAUCUCCGACGUUACGCCAGAGAAUGGGCCGGGGGUUCAUUCUCGGGAGGAGUUCUUUUCACCAGAUUCUCUGAAGAUCGUGGAUAACCCUAAAGCUGACGGGAUGACUGACACCCAGGACGACAGCACCAUCUUAUUUGACCGGCCCUUUGGUGCUCAAGAAGAUGCCCAGGUGCCCAGCCAGUCCGACAACAGCGCCGGCAACGUGACCCAGCUCUCCAUGGCCUCCCGCGCCACUCAGGUCGAGGCUAGUUUUGAGCAGGAAGCCACACCUGAGAAAAGUGGUUUUCAGUGCGAAAACCCUGAGGCUGGCCUUGGUGAGAAGGAGCACAUGAGAGUGGUGGUUAAAUCUGAGCCCCUGAGCUCUCCUGAGCCUCAGGAUGAAGUGAGCGACGUGACCUCCCAAGCGGAAGGCAGCGAAUCGGUGGAGGUGGAGGGAGUGGUGGUCAGUGCCGAGAAGAUAGACCUCAGCCCCGAGAGCAGCGACCGGAGUUUUUCAGAUCCCCAGUCUAGCACUGACCGGGUAGGAGACAUCCAUAUUUUGGAAGUCACAAAUAACCUAGAACAUAAGUCCACUUUUAGCAUUUCAAAUUUUCUUAACAAGAGCAGAGGAAGUACCUUUAGUGCAAAUCAGAACAAUGACGAUAAUAUCCCAAACACCACUAGUGACUGCAGGCUGGAGGGGGAGGCCCCCUAUUUGUUGAGUCCAGAGGCUGGGCCUGCAGGCGGGCCCUCCUCAGCCCCUGGCUCUCACGUGGAGAACCCGUUCAGCGAGCCCACAGAUGCCCACUUCGUCAGGCCUAUGCAGGAAGUGAUGGGCCUGCCAUGUGUGCAGACCUCAGGCUACCAAGGAGGAGAACAGUUUGGGAUGGAUUUUUCCAGGUCUGGUUUGGGGUUGCAUUCCUCCUUCUCCAGGGUAAUGAUGGGCUCCCCUAGAGGUGGAGCCAGUAACUUUCCAUACUACCGCCGCAUAGCUCCCAAAAUGCCAGUGGUAACCUCAGUCAGGAGCUCACAGAUCCCAGAGAACUCUGCCAGUUCCCAGCUAAUGAUGAACGCGGCCACGUCCUCAUUUGAAAAUGGCCACCCUUCGCAGCCCGGCCCCCCGCAGUUGACGAGGGCAUCUGCUGACGUCCUGUCAAAGUGCAAGAAGGCCUUAUCGGAGCACAACGUCUUAGUCGUAGAGGGGGCUCGCAAGUAUGCCUGCAAAAUCUGCUGCAAGACUUUCCUGACCUUGACAGAUUGCAAGAAGCACAUCCGUGUUCACACAGGUGAAAAACCCUAUGCCUGCCUGAAGUGCGGCAAGAGGUUCAGUCAGUCCAGCCACCUGUACAAACACUCGAAGACCACCUGCCUGCGCUGGCAGAGCAGCAACCUUCCCAGCACUUUGCUCUAACCCGACCUCUUGAGAUAAUGCUGAGGCCAGUAUCAGGACCUAAACUACAGUCUCUUUUGAUUGGUGGUUAAUGCCGUUGGGUUUGAGGCUUCAGGCUGCGAAUGGCUCAUGCAAAUUUCGAUGACUAAUAAGUGGAGAAUUAAUAGGUAUAGUGCUUGUACUGCUACAUUUCUGAAUGAAAUGUGCGCUUUCAGAGAAGGGAUCCAAUCCCUGAAACCAAGUUCUUCCUUAGGGUUGAGUAAUGUAGUCAGAAAGUAGUUUGGAAUCGAUGUCAUUAAAAGUGGCACAUUUGACAAUUAAAAAUUGAAGUGCGAAAAGUUUUUUUAGCAAUUUUUGUAAAACUCUGAAGCAUUUAAUUAAAUUUCCUAUAUACCUUCUGAUGAGAUUAUAUACCUGUACAGUGAUGCAAGGUAAAGUUAUGUGUAACCAGUGGCAACUUUGUGCCUGUCUAAAAGGAAGGCCCUUGAGGACAUGCCUGUCUGCCAAAAAUGCUUUAAAGUUUAUCAUGAGCUAGUCCUAGGCUUCAGAAAAUACGGUAUUUUUUAUUUUUGUCUGAUUUGCAGUCACAGACACUGCACUUUGAUGGUGCUGACACUGGGUCCAGAGCGAGCAUUCUCUGGACUAUUAGGUGUAUAUAUACUUUUGAAAACAUCACUGUUUGUUACAUAGAUGUUUUAACAAUUUUUCUUGGUUUUAAAAACAAAGUUGUAAAAGUAUGUACUUAUAGGGAGCAACAAGUAAGGUAUUGUUUCUGUAUGUGCUGUUUUAGCAGUAUUUUAACCAACCUGUAUUACGUAUGUUACAGUUCCAUGUUUGGAAGUCAGAAAAGAGCUAGUGUUUGUCUUUGUUCUGAUGGUAUGGAGUCCUGUUUAGUGAGAUCUUUUACGGCGCGUUUACCCUUUGUUCCAUGCAGAUUUCGGGGGCUGGUCCAGCCUGACACAUCUCACCCAACGACAAACCCGUUGUCUGCUUCACUUCUUCACAUUCAUGCCACAUAUGGCAUCUUUCCCGGGCCUAGGUUACUGUUUUCAGGUAAAAACUAACCAAAAGUGAAAUCAACCCCCCUCCAUCGUGGGUUUUAUUACUGUUCUGUACUCUAUCGUUUUAAAGUACAGACCCUGAACUUUUGUUGUUGCCCCAACCCAAUACUGAAUGUUUGAAAUCCAAAUGCAGCAGUAUUCAUGGGUAAAUAUAAGCGGGUUGGGCAGCCCAGAGCAUCGAAAUCGCCAAGCAGCAUCUGAGACAGUUUGAGGAGACAUCUGGGAGACUGCCCUGGGCCUCCCUGGACCCCACUGCUUCUCUUCCCCAGCCCCACCUGUGGUCUUCUGACCCUGUGGUCUUCUGACCCUGUGCCAUCGGGGCUUUUGGCAGCAGCUGUCAGGCUGAGCCCUGGCUCAUGAGCUUCCAGGGGAAAAGCACAGGUUAAUGUGUCUCUAUAGAGCUCAUGAAGUCAGUUUAAUUCAUGCAUGAACAUGAGUUCAUUUUUUAUACAGCUUUUUUAGACACAAGCCACUGUGCAUAAUUGAGUGAAAUCCUUCAGUUCUUACCUUUGUUUAGAAAGAAAGGUAAUCAGCGAGUGUUUUCUCUUCUUCAUCUAGUGUAUGCAGUUACACAUCUGUCUGGAUAAACUUACAAUGUUCAUUGCUUAGCAUCUCCUAUGAACUGAUUCCCAGGGAGGAAAACCAAAAGGGAAACCUCUGAUUCCUCUCCUUUCAGAUGUGGGGGAGACAGCUGGAGGCUGUGGGAUCACCUGUGAGGUUCAGCUGUGUGGCGAAUUGUUAGCAGUCAUGCUCUGACUUGAUGUGAGGAGGCUCCACAUCCACCCCUCUGUGGGGACCAGUGACUCGUGAGAUUAACCCUGGGAGGCAGGUGGGUCAGCGUGGAGAACGAGAGAGGCCCUGCCUGGCUUGGGAAGAGGAAUCGGUGGCACCAGGAGAGCAGUGGCAGCCCUCCUCCCCUUCCACCUUGAGGAGGAGGUGCCAGGAAGCCGCCCCCUCACCUGAGCUCCAGCUUAAGUGGACUUGCUUCUGGGCCUAUCUCUGACACAGCGGCUGGAGCCCUGCCUCUCCACUAAGUGGAAUCUGGAAUCUCUCAUCUACCUCUUAGUCAAUCAGUUCCUACAUGUGAGAGGCAAGCCUGUGAGCCAGUGUCCUCGUACAUGCUGUAGCACUUAAAAAAUAAUUCAGAGGUUCCCUGGAAAACCAGUCCCAGGGUUCCUACAAAUUGGUAGUUUCUACCUGAAUUUUAACUGGUAUUGGGUACCUGGAUUUGAUUGGUUAGCCUUAAUUAUAGCUUGGCAUCAUCAUUUCUGGUGACCAAAUCAUAAAGUUCUAUCAGGGCACCUGUGUCAGUGGUGCUAUGCUGGUCAAAAUUUGAGACUUUGAAAUAAAAAAUUUGUCAUAUUCAUGCCUCUAACUAAUUAUAUGUUCUUUUUCUUCACCUUAGGUUAUUAAGGUUGAAAUAAAAAAGUGAAGUAGUAUUGCUUUCUCUGCUAACCCUGCUGUGACCAGUACUUUUUUUUAAAACCAAGCUUCCUAGAAAAUACUCUCAUGCUGUCAGUUAAUAACAAUUAUUGGUCAUUAGUCCCUCGUGCUUUCCCUGAGCUUUGUCUCUGAGCUGUGGACAAGGGUGAUGUGUUGUUCUCACCACAGUUUUACUCCUAGUGGGCCUGCCAAAUCUUGCUCUUCCUGCUGCUCCCUUACGUGCCUCCCAGAGUGAAGACUCAACUCUCCAGUCUGGCUCAGCUGUGGGGAAGAACUGGAGCCCAGGUCCCUCAGCAGGAGCAGGGCUUUGUCAGUGCUGGUGGCCUGGCCUUAGGAGGACUGAGGUGAUUAGAAAAGGGCAUUCACCUGGGGAGUGAGGAGAUGGACAUGAGGGACA